AUGGCGGAGCAGAGGGGAAAGCUGGUGCGGCUGGCGGUGCUGGAGGAACUCCGCGCCUCCUACGGAAUUAAGGUGAAGAGCGGGAGCUGCCUGGCGGGGCCCAAGCAGCCGGUAGCCGCGGCUACGGAGGUAAGUGAGGCUGGUAAGAUCUUUGGAGUUUGCUUCCAUGCCUUGCCACAAUCACUGGUGCCAGAGUAUGGUUAUGUCCCCAGCUUUCUUGUUGAUACCUGUGAAUACCUGGAAGAACAUGUUCACACCGAGGGGCUCUUCAGGAAGUCUGGGUCUCUGCUUCGCUUGAAGGCUCUAAAGAGUAAACUGGAUCAAGGUGAAAACUGCCUGUCAGCUGCACUGCCAUGUGAUGUUGCAGGGCUUCUUAAACAGUUCUUCAGAGAGCUCCCAGAGCCCAUCCUUCCACCCCACCUGCAGGAAGGCCUUUUCAAAGCCCAGCAGCUGGGAAAUGAGAAGAGAGCUGCCACUGUGCUGCUGUCCUGUCUGAUGGCAGACAGGACCAUUGAUGCUUUGAGAUACUUUUUCAACUUCCUGAGGACAGUGUCCCUAAGAUCCAAGGAAAACAGAAUGGACAGCAGUAACCUGGCAGUGAUUUUUGCUCCCAACCUCUUGCACUGCACUGAGAGUGAGAAGAUGUCAGCGGGGACAGAACGAAAGGUUCGCUUGCAAGCAGCUGUGGUGCAGACACUCAUUGAGCAUGCAGCAGAGAUUGGACAAGUGCCAGACUUCAUCUUGGAGAAGAUCCCUGCAAUGUUAGGUGUUGAUGCUUCUCAAUCUACUCCCUCCCUGUGGGGCCAUGAAGACAGUGAGAAUGAAUCUCCCAGUGACUGUAAGAAGAGGAGGCACAGGAGUGUUGGAGAUUUUGUUAGUGGAGCAUUGCAUAAAAUUAAACCUAACAGAACCCCCUCCACUACACCUCAGCCAGACAGAAGGGUCCUUCCCUCGGUGACUCCUGUGGUCCUUACUCCAAGCACCAAGCGUAAGCUUCCAACUGAUUGCUCCCAGGGCUUGUCCAGCAAGAAGAGAAGAUCUUUUAAGCACACUUUUGCUUUUGAGUUGUUACCAAGCAGCAUUUUUAACAUCAGUUCAACACCAGCAUCAGUUCAGUUUGAAGGAAGCCCUUGUGUGUCUCUUGAGUCAUCACAAACCUCGCUGUCUCCUUCAACUGGUGGUGAAACCAACUUGUAUGGUACAGGGAACAGGAGAAGCAAGAGGCAUGCAAGCAAGAAGUUAUACAGGGCUGAGUCAGGCAAGACAGGCUGCUUCUCUCCCAAGGUCAGCCGCAAAGAGAUGGUUCGCAGGUCGCUGCGCUUGAAGUUCGGGCUGGGUAAAAGCAGCAGAGAGAUGAAUGUUGUACCAGGAGGUGCAGGUGGUAGCAGAUCUGAAAACAUUGGAAGGCGACUGGCAAGUCAGCAAGGCUUGGAAAGCAGAAGUGAGUGUGCCACAGGAGAGGUCUUCUUCAGCCCAUGUGUCAGUGAGAAAUUCCCCAAGAAAGGCUCAAAGAAUGUGAGCAAGUCAGAGGAGAACUUGCUGGCCCCAAAAUGUCACAGCCCAGCUCACCGCAUGUCGUGGUGCAGUCCUCCUGUGACAGCUGCUCAAGAGGUGAGCAGGAAUGAUGAGGGGAUUUUGCCAGGACACUCCAAAGCAGGCACUGGUUUAUCAGAACCUGGCUUGGUGUUUGGAAAGCCACCAGUUGUUGCAGGUGAGUUUAAAGCCAGCACUGUAACCAGGGAAGAGAACAGCUUCGAGCUUUGGGUUCAUGAAGAUGAAAGUAAUUCAGCUGCAGAAACGCUGCUGAAAGUGCAGGAAGCCUUCUCUGCAUCUGCAGGCAGCCUUCACAACUUGACAGCUGCUGCCAAGCCUUCCUUCUCAGGUGGAGCAGGUGAAACAUUAAGUGCAAGGCCAUGCCUCAGGAAGCUCAGUUCAGAGGAGGAAGAAUCACCAGCUGAAAAAGUUUCUGAAUCUGCAGCACCCAGAGAGAAACUGCUCCAGGCCAGUCAAACUUCUGCUAGUGAUACACAGCAAGCAAGAGGAGAUGAAGUAAAAGCUUUGGAGAAAAGAAGCUUCAAAACUUCUCUUGCAAUUGAACUGCAGCUCCCAGCACCAGCUGGGAAAGGUGCAACAGAACUUCCUGGGCCUCAAGUACUGGCCAGGGAAGAGAAGCUGACUGGGGAGAAGAGCUCAUCAAGAGAGAGCUUAAACAAAUCGCAUUCCUUGGGAAGGAGAGAGGGAACAGAAUUAACACACUCACAAGCAGCUGAAAACUGCAGGGUAAACUGCUGUCCUCUGGCAGAGGAGGCCACCAAAGGUCCUGUGGUGGCACAGCUCCCUGCUCUGCAGGUGCCUCAGUCACAAAGCGAAGCAGGCGACCAGCACACGCAGGCUGAGAAAGCUCAGCCCAGGACGUCAGCUCUCCCUGACCACGGGAAGGUUUCUGACCACAUCCAGUGGUUCAACAAGCUUUCUCUGAAGGAUCCAAGCUCUGCAAGCAAAACCAAACCCCCUCUCCAGUUCCAACGAACCCCUGUGAGGCAGUCUGUGAGAAGAAUCAACUCCUUACUGGAGGCUACCAGGCCGCAGGGAAGCUCUCGGCCGCUGAAAGCCGGCCAGGUCGGUUCGCCGCUGGUCAAGUCCUUGAGCUGUGAUUCUGCACUGGCUUCCUGCACAGAGAAGCCCUCCAAGGACUCUCUGCCUUUGCCACUCGGUUCAUCUGACCAAGCCUCUGGAUCUCAGCAGCGGCUGGGUUUGCCAUCCAAACCGUGGUGCGGGCCCUUGCAUCCACCAGGCGGCGCUGAUGCUGCCGGCAGGGCCGCUGGGCUCAGCGAGCAGAAAGUGACUCUUCCCCCUCCGAAGGCUGUCCUGGAAGACCUGACCAACCGGGACCCGGUGAAAUCCACUUGCAGGGCUCAUGCAAAUGGGCCAGAGGCUGCCCCAGGGAAAUCCUCCAUCGCAAGAAGUGCUUCAGGAAAAGCCAGAGGGCGUUACAGAGGCUCUCCAAAGAACCCAAUAGCUCAAGUGAAACUGCUGCCAGCUGCAAAACCAGUGGACUUGUAA